UAACACGCACAACGGUUUGUGUGUUUCUUGUUCCUUCCUGUUUAGUCCGACUGCGAAGGGAUUUUCGGUAGAAUCAUUUCUUCGAACAUCCAGAGGGCGUAAAAAAAUCCACCGCCUUCGAUUCGAUAAUUCGGAGCCCUUUUCGAGGAAUCGCCGUCUAUACUUCCAUACAAACGGGCAUACGUACGUACGUUAGAUAUUUGUGUGUGUUGACUGUUGAUUGAUUUGGAGGGAAGGUAAAUGAAGGAAGAGCCAUGUCGUCGUCUUCGAGAUCGUUGAUUCGUCGAAUUACGCCGCUGUUUGUGGCGCGAAUUCGUCAAAAUCAGAGGCUCCUGAGCUCUUCUCCUUCUGCGCUGCUUGAGGAUCAAUUGCCGUCUCCAUCUCCGUCGCUCGAUGCAAUCCACAUGACUGACAAUUGCGUUCGGAAAAUGAAAGAUCUGCAAUCUGAUGAAACCUCGGGACGGGAAAAAAUGCUGCGUCUUAGCAUAGAAGCCGGUGGAUGUUCUGGGUUCCAGUACAACUUCUCUCUUGAUGACAAAACCGAUUCAGAUGACAGAAUUUUUGAGAAAGAUGGAGUUAAAUUGGUGGUCGAUAAAAUUUCACUAGGCUUUGUAAAAGGUGCAACUGUUGAUUAUGUUGAGGAGUUGAUCCGUUCUGCUUUCCAGGUAGCUACUAAUCCAAGUGCAGUUGGUGGCUGUAGCUGUAAAAGUUCUUUCAUGGUUAAGUAGACUUUUGUGCGGCCGAUAUCGACUGCCAAAUUCCUUCUCUAUCCAUCAGCGCGACCAAGAGACCAUUGGCUUAAAUGGGGCAACUGUGGAGAUGUCUUAUAUUUUUGCAAAUUUUGUUCUUUGUAUUUGUUAGUCUCAUAUCCAACCAUAUUAUCGUACGCCUUUUUGAAAAAUUAUUCCAGACUAGAAAUAAAAGGGUGAUGUUUGAUCAA